GUAGCCCUGCAAAAAUUAAUCCAGCACGCGCACGACGUCGCUGCUGGGGUUUUGCAGCGAGCGGCAGCUUCGAGACUCUCUCGCAACCCGUCUCGUGCCCUGCCUUGAUCGCUGGGCGUCCGCGGUUCGCGGGUAGCUAGACACCUGUGCCCCAGCGAUUUCGCUGCCCAAAGCUGCGGCGGCGAACGCGGGACACGGCACCGCUUGACGCCGUCGACGCGCCGCGGCGGCGAAGCUCAGCACCAUGAGCGGUCUCAAGAUGAUGGAUUUUUUUAGGAAGAUCCCCGCGGACCUCACCGAAACCACGAUCACGGGAGCCGCGUUAUCUGUUGCGGCCUGCAUCUUCAUGGGCGUCUUGUUCAUUGUCGAGCUCUAUGCCUUCCUCUCGACCACGGUGGAAACGGGAGUGAUGUUAGAUACGAACAGUGACACGUUACUAAGAAUAAAUUUCAACGUGACGAUGCUCGAUUUGCAGUGCGAUUAUGCCGCGGUCGAUGUGGUAGAUGUGCUCGGCACGAACUCCAUGAACGUCACGAAGAACGUCGAGAAGUGGCAGCUCGACGAACACGGCAAGCGGAUGAUCUUUCAAGGUAGAAACCGGGAGCAAAAAGCGAUCUCGUAUGAAGAACAUCAUCCAGAAACGGUGGAAGAGAUGAUGGCCAACGGCAUCCACGCCGUGCCCCUGACCGAGGGCGGUUUUGAGGAGUACGUGCAGUCGCAUCCCUACGCUUUUAUAAACUUUUACGCGCCGUGGUGCAUCUGGUGCCAGCGCCUCGAGCCGACGUGGGAGGCCAUGGCCGAGGAAGUGGAUGCGUCGGAGGAUUUGGAGGUCGACGUGGCGAAGGUCGACUGUGUUGCCAAUCGGAACCUCUGUGGCGCGCAACGGAUCCAGGCGUUUCCUACUUUGAGAUUCUUCAAGGACGGAAAACAAUACGGCUUGGAUUACCGCCAGGACCGGACGGUCCAAGCGCUCACGGCCUUCCUCAAACAAAAGGUCGAGCUCGAGAAGACGAUGGAGGACUGGCACCCCCGCAGGAAGCAGCGCAUGCUCGAGACCAAAGAACACCCCGGCUGCAUGGUCUCGGGCUAUGUGUUGGUCAACAGAGUCCCGGGCAACUUCCACAUCGAGGCGAGGAGCUUACAUCACAACCUCAACGCCGCGAUGACCAACUUAUCCCAUGUCGUGAACCACCUGUCCUUCGGCACGCCGCUAGCUUCCAGCACAGAGCGAAAGCUGAGCAAGUACGCCCAGUUCCAGGCCAAUUAUCCGUUGGACGGCGGCCGCUUCAUCUCGCCCGACUUCCACCAGGCGCACCACCACUAUUCUAAAGUCGUGUCGACGCAUUUCCAGGUCGGCGGUUUGAUGAGCAAGAUGCGCGACGUCAUCCGCUACCAAACUCUAGUACAGUCGCAGGUGAUGCACUACUCGGAGAUGGACGUGCCUGAAGCAAAAUUCGCCUACGACCUGUCGCCCAUGGCCGUCGUCGUCUCCUCGAAAGGUAGGAGGUGGUACGACUUCGUCACGAGCGUCUGCGCCAUCGUCGGGGGGACGUUUACCGUUCUCGGGCUGGUGGACGGCAUGCUCUACAAGAUCAUGAAGGGGGGCAAGCAGCUUUAGGGGGUUCCUUGCGUAAGGCUAGUAGU